AUGCCUGGCCUCACUACUCUCCCGCCCUUCCCCGAGAACGUUUCCACUCAUCCGCUUCUUGUGGUCGACUACGAGCUCCUCAAGGCCGGUGACCAGGAGGAAAUCGACAAGUUCUGGAAGGCCGCCACCACCCUCGGUUUCUGGUACUUGAAGAACCACGGUGCAGAUGAGCUAGUCACACAAAUGUUCGACAUGGGUUCCGAGACUAUGGACCUACCUUUCGAAGAGAAACUGAAGUUUGAACAAGGCGAUAACGGAAUGUCAUUCGGUUACAAGGCACCUGGCGCCAACGCCACCGACGAGAGCGGCGCACGCGACACGGUCGAGUUCAUCAACAUCUCGCAGGACGACGCGCUCGCCUGGCCGAAGUCGGUGCACCGCUCGUACCCCUCCACUGUCAAUGCCCGCAUGGAACGCACCAUCCAGCCCUUCGUACAGCACUCCGCCGAGGUGAACCUCACGCUCAUGGAAAUUCUUGCGAAGAAACUCGGGUUCGAGGAAGGCUUGCUCUCUGGGAAGCACCGGCUCGACGAGAGCAGCGGGAGCGAGACGCGGUGCAUCAAGAAUCCACCUCGCCCUGGCGGGAUCUCCGAAGAGAAGGCGGCACUCGGUGCGCACACCGACUUCGGCUCCAUGACAUUCCUCCACAACCGCCUCGGCGGUCUGCAAGUCAUGCCUCCGGGCUCCGACAAGUGGCAAUACAUCAAGCCAAUCCCGGGACACGCAGUCUGCAACCUUGGAGACGCUAUGCAUAUCUUUAGCGGCGGCAUUCUCAAGUCAAACCUACACCGCGUCGUCCCCGCCCCCGGCGCCCAGGCGGCCUUCCCGCGUUGGUCGCUUGCGAUGUUCACGCGCCCGGGCGACAGCGUCGUCCUGCGCGCUCUGACCGAGGAGAGCGAGGUAGUCGCCGAAGCGGUGAAGGGCGCGUCGGACGCGAGUAUCUUCGAGAGCCACCAGACGAGCGAGGAGUGGUUCGCGAGGAGGAUCAAGUACCAGCGCAGCAAGAACCAGCAGGGUCCUGAGACUUGGCGCCAGAGUCGCGGGACUGAGCACCGUCCCGAUGCCGCUUGA